CACCCCUGAGGACCCCCGAGAGACGGGGCCCCGAGCCGAGGAACAUGGAGGAAGAGCCCCUUACUGGACCCCAGAAAGUGCUGAUCCGGGACAGCUGGCAGAUAGUGAGCCAGGACCAGAUACACCAUGGCACCGUACUCUUCACCAGGUUGUUCGAGUUGGAGCCGGACUUAGUCUUCCUCUUCCAAUACAAUUCCGCUCACUUCUCCACCGUCCAGGAAUGUCUGAGCUCCUCCGAGUUCAGCGAACACAUCCGCAAGGUUAUGACUGUUAUAGACGCCGCGGUCAGCAGCCUGGACUCCCUGACGUCUCUGGACGAGUAUCUGACCGGCCUCGGCAGUAAACAUCGGGUGACCGGCGUCAAGCUGGAAUCAUUCAAGACGGUGGGCGAGUCGCUGCUCUUCGCUCUGGAAUCCGGAUUGGGAGAAUUGUUCACAGCCGAGAGCCGCGCGGCGUGGAGCCGGCUGUACGGCGUGGUGGUGGGCGCCAUGAGCCGUGGCUGGUGCAGAGGGCCGUGA